CGGUCUUGCACAUAUCAACUGUGUGUUAAAAGAAAAAGAAAAGCGCGUGCGCCAUCUAGAGUUAAAUUCUUGUACGAAAUAAAUAUUUUCCUUCGCCUGGUGUAUACAUAGCUUCACCGUUAUAUCAGGUAAAAAAUUCUUCUCUAGGAGAUUCUUUUGUCUGUGCGAAUUUUCGCGAAUUUCAAUUUUCAUUCCCAUUUGCUGAAUGGGAUGAUGCGGUAUUUUCUAUAAAAAUUGUAAACCUAGCCAAAGUCAAACUUUUGCGUUUUCGAGUUCUUUAAGCGAUCGUGUGGUGUAUUAAGUUUAAGUUAACACUCGCUGAUGUCUGUUGUGUCUUGUGUGAGUUGUUAACACCAAACCAAAAUAUCGAUUCGGUUUUAAAACAACAAAUCUAAGCGAACGAUUUUUUUUGUUUGAUUUUUUGAUAUCAAAAGUCGGUGCACGUAAUUUGAUGUGAAUUUAUUGGGAAUCAAUAAUAAAAAUAAUAAAAUUGUGUGGUAUAAUUCAUAAAAAUAUUUCCAAACAAGAUAUUAAUAUACUCCAAACUCCACUAACUUAUAAAGAUAGAGUUGGAGAGGACGGGUGGGGUUAGAUCUUAAGGUGGUCAAAGAGACUACAGACGACGAAAACGACGACGCACGGACGGACGGGUGUUUUUUAAAGGUAUCGUUCUUCAAGUGAAUAAAGUGCACCAGUGCCACAAGACCAAAGCGCGAGCGAGUGAUCGGUGGGAAGUACAUCUUAUAUAGGUAUUUUACCUGUCUUUGGGUAAAUUCGGUUUACUAUUUUGUCCAUUGUGUGCUUCAAGCCUUCAAGUGCUGCGGUUUCUUUAUUUGAGAUUUGAGAAGGGAGCAAAUUCCUUUUGCGCUUAGUUUCGAUUUUACUAUUUUUAUUGUGAUUUUUAUUAAUUUCGUUUAUUCUUAUGUGUUGGCCGUGUUAUUGUUAUUGGUACCAAUAACCUAUACCGUACCGUACCGUACACCUAGUGCUAUACAUAGUUUAAUUCGUGAAUCACUUCGAGAUAAAGAAGAAAUAUCAAUAAAAUAAAAGAGAGUGUGUGUUGAAUUUCAGUUUGCCGGGGGACUUAUUUGUAUACCUAUGCGGAAGUCGCAGAAUAGGAACGAGUUGGAGGUGUUUCUUUAAGUUUUAAUUUUUAACGGCAGUCAAUUUGCGCACAUAUUUGUCACAUAAACGAGAAUGUAUGCUGCUCGCUUCAAUCCAUUAAAUACGCCAAAGUUAGUAAUCUAACUGGAAUAGUUCCUUUUCAAAACAAGGACAUUUACCAUUUAAAUGAUGAUCACAAAACAAAACCGAAUAAAAUGUUCAUACCUACAUAAAUGAAAAUAACAAAAAUUAAAAUCAUGAACAAAAUAAAGAAUGUCCCUGCUCACAAUAAUUCCAAAGCAACAAUAUUCACAUGUUACGCUACCAAAAAAUCUACACCAACCCACUAAAGUAAUGAACAAACUCAAAACCAGUGAUCUACUGGCAUCGCAUAAACUCAAUGUUCUCGAUAGUCAACAAAAACAACAGCAACAACAGCAACAACUUCAGUCUCAUAGCAUUCGAAAUAGCAUUCGGUUUUUUGGUAACAAGGACCUUAUUGAGAGUACCAACAGUAGCAGAAGCAGCAGCAGUCUAAGUACUCUUGCUAGUAAUGGUAGUGUCGUUAUAAUGAACAGUAGUACUGGUCAACCAAAUACACAACAGUUAUUGAAACAAUCUAGCGACCAGCUUCAGCUACAGCAGCAGCAACAUCAGCAACAACAACAACAAUCAUCAACAGCCGCAUCAAUGGUUGUUAAAAAGCAAGCAGCACCACAACACCACCAGCAACAGCAACAGCAACAGCAGCAGCAACAACAACAACAACAAAUCGCAACAAAUUUAUCAGGAGCAACAGGAGCAGCAACGGUAGGAGUUGCAACAACUGCAGCUACAGUGGCAGCAUCAGUGGCAUCAGUAACCGGCAAUCAUCUUGUCGUCCGGGGGAAUGGUAAGAUCCAGGCACCAAUGCAACCUCCGCCGACAUCAGCCAACAAUAACAACAACAGCAACGGACAGACAAAUGGGACAACAAUUGGGACGGCACCCGACGCGCGGGCCAAACAGGUGCUAAAGGAAGCUGUCGAUGCGGUGGUAAAUAGUUUUGCCAAACAUACCCAGGGAUAUGGCAGAGUUAAUGUAGUGGAAGCUCUACAAGAAUUCUGGCAAAUGAAGCAAGCUCGUGGAGCUGAUUUGAAAAAUGGUGCUCUUGUUAUUUAUGAAUCGGUACCAUCAAAUAGUCAGCCGUAUGUUUGUUAUGUAACCCUGCCUGGUGGAAGUUGUUUUGGAAGUUUUCAAAACUGCCCAACUAAAGCUGAAGCCCGUCGAAGUUCAGCGAAAAUCGCUUUGAUGAAUUCGGUAUUUAAUGAACAUCCAUCGCGAAGAAUAAGCGAUGAAUUCAUUGAAAAAGCUGUACAAGAAGCUAGAGCAUCAUUUAAAGGCGAUGCUCAAGAAGGCGAUGGUCCUGAUACUGGCAUUGGUGCCUUUAGAUUCAUGUUAGAAGCCAAUAAAGGUCGCACAAUGUUAGAAUUUCAAGAACUUAUGACAGUUUUUCAAUUAUUACAUUGGAAUGGCUCGCUUAAAGCAAUGCGUGAACGUCAAUGCUCUCGGCAAGAAGUUGUCGCACAUUAUUCAAAUCGUAGCUUAGACGAUGAUAUGCGUGCUCAAAUGGCUUUAGAUUGGAUUGCUCGUGAACAAGAAAAUCCAGGUGUAUUGGGUAGAGAGCUAGCACAAGCUGAGAGAGAAUUAGAGACUGCACGUUUGGCUGGACGUGAGCUGAGAUUUCCAAAGGAAAAAAAGGAUAUACUUAUGUUGGCGCAUACACAAUUAGGUGGUGGGAAUGCUAUGAAUAGCUAAAGUUAAUAAAAUAAAAAGGUGAUUGAAGAAUAUAAAGUAAAUAAAACAACCAGAACCACACAAAAUAAUAACAACAACAAUACGAACAGCAGCCCUACUUAAUGAAUUUAUUAAUUUUAUAUACCAUAUAAUAUCUAAUCUCUAACAGCAAUUUUAUAGAUUUUAUUUAAAGGGUAGAUGUAGAAGCGUGUUUUAUUUUAUUUUUAUUUAUAUUUUUAUAAUGUUUUUUUUUUAAGUGCCCAGAGAAUUUUCCAUAAGAAAAAUGAUCUCAUUGACGGAUACAUAAUUUUAUAGGCACAUGAGCCCAAAUUUUCUAAGUGAAAGUACGAAUGGGAAGAAAAGUAUAAACAAAAACGAUGCGAUGUGUUCUUGACAAUUAAAUCUUGAAACAGUCAAUUAAAUAACAUUCUUUUUAUAACCUGAAACAUUACAGCAUAUAUUGUUUGCAAUAAUUUCAAGCCUUUUUGUUUCGAUCGAUAAACCACCAUUAACAAUUUUUUCACUGAGCUUAACAUUUUUACCAAAAAUCUUCUCAAAAAAGUGAUAACUUACACUCAAUAAAAAAUUAACACUAAUGCCAACAUUCAACAAUAACCACUUAAAUUUUGCAACUUAAAAGUGGAAUUUUAAAAAACAACACUAAUGCCAACAUUCACCAGUAACCACUGAAAUUUUAGAACUUAAAUGUGAAAUUUU